AGAAAUAAUGUCCUCAUGCAAAGAGGACGCACGUAUGGCGGCAAGCUGACAAGGGCGACCCAUGUCCAUCAAAUGAAACCAAAAUGGAAAGUCACUUGCUUUGUCCUUGAAACCACUCAUGUAUCCACACAAAAAGCAAAGGGCAUUUACUCAUCUCAGCGAGCCAGUGAGUGUGGAAUGAUGAGGAUGAUGCCUCCCUCCUACACAUCCAAAAGAGAGAGAAUCUUUUUGUCAUGCUACCUCUCCCUGCCGCAGAGCUCCGAGCGCACCAAUACACGCCGUAGGAGGUGUAGAAAAGGCGGGUCCUCCAUCUAACUCAGCCAAUGUGGGUGAAGGAGAGGCGCUCCCAACUCGUAGUGCCCUUGUCGUUUCAGCACUGGGAUCCAGAGACGAGGCAAGGCAGGACAGGCAGCUUCCUCGCUUGGUGGAGUCUUCCCUCCUCCUCCUUGCACUCCUCAAGGAUUGCUGACAUUCACGCACACGCAUCUACUCGAGUACAGCCACCAUGGAAACAGGGAGCCCCAGGAAGAUACAGUUCACCGUGCCACUACUGGACACCCACCUGGACCCAGAAGCAGCUGAACAGAUUAGGAGACGUCGACCAACACCCGCAACUUUAGUGGCAUCCAGUGACCAGUCAUCACCAGAAAUAGAUGAAGACCGUCUGCCUAACACACUGUACAAGGCCGCCUUGCUGAACUCUCCUCUACAGCGGCGGAAAGGACAAAAAGGAACGCCCACAAUGAAAGAGCUGCAGUUUCUGGUAGAGCAUCACCUAUACAGGCAGCAGCAAGGAGGCGCUGACGAGUGCUCCUCCGAGAGUUGUUUGUCGGACAGGCCCAGCCCGGAUUCAAUGGCCCCGGGGGAGGAGCUCCCACGGGAUGAUGAGGCCACUGCUGAGGCUUUUGAGAAGCUGCGUUGCCAAAUGGAGGCGGAGUUCUCCAGGGAGAGUCUUUCAGAAGCGACCGUCGACGGCUUGGAGUUCCCCCUCUCUAAGGAAGACGACGACCGCUCCAGGGUCGCUUUGUCAGAUCCUUCAUCACAGCUCAACAACGCACAAGCAGCCAAAAAGACGGCGACGUGCAGCACCAGUCAGCCAGCCGUCGAGAAGACAAUGAAUCUCAGCCCAGGGACAGAAAAAUAAAUAGAAGAUGAAAAGAAUUAAUUCAAGCGCUCGUGUGUACCUUGUAAAUGCUGCUCCUUCAAUUCAAUCAGCUCCACACACACUGACAAGUAUUGUGUGUGCAGACUCACGUUCUAGCCACAUCAGGACAAUCCUUCAGGGCCUAGGUUACCAGCCACAAAAUAAUAUUCAUACAUAGCCAUAAAGUUCCAAACGGAUCCUUAUGUUUUGCUUCGUUAAUUCCCAUCCCCCCAAUUCAAAACGCUCAUUUUAGUGUGCCAUGAUGUCUGCGAUUGUUCCAUCAAAGCAAUAACACCGCGUUCGUACCUCAUUAAACGUAUCACUUUCAACGUAGUCGCUAGUAGCAAUAGUCCAAGUUUUGUUUCAACAUUCUUAAUUGGCAUAAAAGUAUAAAGUCCACGCUCAAAGUCAAAUAACUCACCCUUUGAUAACACCCGAUAGACGGAACCGCAAAGCGAACUAGGAAAGUGUAGAAUAGAUUGUGUAUGAAUAGAUGCAGUGGUAGUUUUUCUAUAAUUCUCUUUGGCGCCACCUUGUGGCGUUUAAGUUUGUCUUAAAAGGAAUUAGUCUCAAGGAAGUAAGUUGAUUAACUGAGAGACAACAUUAUUAUUAUUAAUAAUUUUAUGGAAAGCUGUUUAAACUUUGCUUGUUUUAUUUAUUUUUUUCUGAUGUAAAUCCAUUUCAUAAAACAUGUUCUCGCAUGGUACCAGUAGAGUUUACUGCGCUUUGUUUUCAAUGGCACAAACCCAUUUUAAAUCGCAGGCUGAUAUUCCUUUGUCCAAGCAAUCAGAACAUUACAAAUUCCUUCAAAUUGAAAUUAAUACGGAGAUUGUGACAAUCUUUCCACACCCGUCACAUUUACACUGCAUCACAGUAAAAUCUUUAAAAAAAUUGCUCUUUUUUGGCAGUGUAUUUAUGGAUUUGGUCGUUUUUGUCAUGUUAAAAAUGGUACUUCAAACUGAAUUUGUUCCAAGCUUAUUUGAAUCGAUGAGUUAUCAAAAUGUGUUUGAUACAAUAAAAUGUUGAAAUUGA